AUGCGCUUGGUCGACUUGGCACUUCAGGUCCUAAUUUGCUUCCUCAUCAGCACCCUAUUCUGGUUUAUUGUUGAGUUCCGUCGGAGAAACGACCGCAAACGAGGCCCCGGCCCAACUCUUUUACCGGGUCUUGGCCGCGUCCACGACCUGCCUCUCCAGCAUACGUGGUUCAAGUUGAAGGAAUGGGGAGAUCGAUAUGCUGCCCGAGGAUAUUAUCGUGUGGACUUGCUAGACACUCGGUUUUUUGUUAUUACCGAUGAAAAGAUCGCUUAUGAGCUGGGCAUCUUGUACCAUGAAAGCAAGCGUUGGAUUGCUCGACUUAUGCGCAAUCCGGAUGCCUUCCAAUGGAGUCUUGAAGACAUGGCCUCCAAGGUCAUGUGCGCGCUCACAUGGGACGAUCCCAAUCAAAGUGAAACACUCAUCAGAAGUGCCUGGGCUCUGCUUCGCCAGAUGUCCCCUGCUGGCCCCAUCACGAAUGUGAUCCCGCAGCUGUGGAAACUUCCAUAUAUCAUCAAUCCAUGGAAACAGGCCGAACGCAAGCGUCACGACGAGCAGAUUGCUUGGUGGUUGGAAAGAUUAAAGGACUCUAAGGAAAAGUGGAAGAAAGGGGAGCUCCGCCAAUGCUGGACAUGCGAUUAUUUCGAGAUGACAGCCGCUGCCAAGCUUGAUCGCAAGAUGACCUUGAGUUGUGACUAUGAGGCUGCUUGCGUCUUGGGCAUGCUGGCCCUCGUUGGCAUCUUUACCGUGGCCGGCCCGCUCAACUACUGGCUUGUUGCCAUGGUAAACUUUCCCGAGUGGCAGCGUGCUGUUCAGAGGGAGGUCGAUACAGUCUGUCAGGGUUCCCUCCCCACCCUGGAAGAUAUCCCACGUCUGCCUAUCUUGCGGGCGUGCAUCAAGGAAACGAUGCGAUGGAGACCCAACGUUCCCACAGGAGUUGCUCACGAGGCUGAGGUAGACCAAGAGUGGGACGGGUGCGUCAUUACCAAGGGUACUCGUAUCUUGCCCCUUGACUAUGCGUUCCUCCGCAACCCUAUAAAGUUCCCUGAUCCGGAGUCUUUCCGGCCCGAGCGCUGGCUCGAGCCGGGCUGGCCAACUUAUCGGGAGCCCCUGACACAGUUUCCCACCAUCAGAGGAAUGACUACAUUUGGUUGGGGACAGCGUCAGUGUCUGGGCAUGUCUCUUACCCAGGACGAGAUGGUGGUUGCCUGCGGUGCUCUCGCCUGGGCUUUUCACUUGGAAUGCAAGGCUCAUCCUUUGACGGGCGAGGUCUUCCCCGUUCCAGACAAUAAGUGUAACUCUCUGCUUAUCGUCAAGCCCGAUCCGUUUCAGAUGGCCUUCACCCCCCGUAGUCAAGCCCGCCGACUUGAGGCCCUGCGGAUCUGGGAGUCCGCUAAUCGCCGAGAUUUAAAGGAACGAAAGGUUCGACUGGAGGAUACGUAA